UUAGAAAAUCAAAUAAAAUCUGAGGAAAAAAAAAAAAAAUGGCUCGUUACGAUAGGGCAAUUACAGUGUUCUCACCGGACGGCCACCUCUUCCAGGUGGAGUACGCCCUUGAAGCCGUCCGGAAGGGCAAUGCUGCCGUCGGCGUCCGUGGCUCUGACACCAUCGUUCUUGGCGUCGAGAAGAAGUCCACCGUCAAACUUCAAGACUCGAGAUCAGUCAGGAAGAUUGUGAGCCUGGAUGAUCACAUUGCACUGGCAUGCGCUGGGCUCAAAGCAGAUGCCCGUGUCCUUAUAAACAGGGCACGAAUUGAAUGUCAAAGCCACAGGCUUACAGUUGAGGAUCCAGUAACUGUUGAGUAUAUUACACGUUACAUAGCUGGCAUUCAACAAAAGUACACACAGAGUGGUGGUGUGAGACCAUUUGGUCUUUCAACAUUGAUUGUUGGCUUUGAUCCAUACACUGGUGUACCAUCACUAUAUCAGACAGAUCCAUCCGGUACAUUCUCUGCGUGGAAAGCUAAUGCGACAGGGAGAAACUCUAACUCAAUGCGGGAAUUUCUGGAGAAAAAUUACAAAGAAACUUCUGGACAAGAAACUGUGAAGCUUGCAAUUCGUGCGCUGCUUGAAGUUGUUGAGAGUGGGGGCAAGAACAUAGAAGUUGGUGUGAUGACAAAGGAUCAUGGUCUGCGGCAACUAGAUGAAGCUGAAAUUGAUGCUGUUGUUGCCGAAAUUGAAGCAGAGAAAGCAGCUGCUGAGGCUGCAAAGAAGGGCCCUGCCAAAGAAACAUAAUUUGUUUCUUUCGUUUCGUCCAUUGAUGUUUCUCUAGCUCGAAAGUUUCUUGAGAUAUCGAGUCAAAGUACUGUUCUGUCGAAGGCAUAUAUUGGUUUGGUAUGGAUAAUAAUAAUAAUCACUAAGCAUUGUACUGAGUAUUUAAGAUUUUUAGACUCUAAUACCUUCCCAUGGUAGUGGCUGAAUCUCUACAAAUUGUUUUUUAGUUGUUUUCUAAAUCCAGUCAAAGUUAACAGGAUAUUGAUUAAUAGAUAGGAAGUAUUUUCUUC